UCUCUGUGCCAUUAUCUCGAAUUGUUUACAUCGUCGUUGCGAUUGGCGACUGAGCUUCUUUUCAGCUGAAAUCUCGCAUAUCAAUGGCGAAAAAGGGAGCUGGUUGUGAAGAAUGGAGGUCUGAUGACCUUGAAAUCAUAUCGAUCGGAGCUGUAUACACCGGCUCAUGGGACAAGAAGUACUGGAGUUCGUCUAGGGGUAAAGAUCGUUACCCUUAUCCUGUGGGCUAUAAAGCUGUCCGAACUCACAAUGGGAACACAUAUAAGAUGGAGAUUCAAGAAGGUCCAAAGGGGCCUGUAUUUCUGAUUAGACAUUCCACUGAAUCAUGGUUUGGGCAGACUCCGGAUAUCGCAUGGGGAAAGUUCCAGAAGACAGGUUUCUCCCACCUAAAAGUAUGGCAUGGAAAAAGAUUUACAUGCAAGAUGGAUGGCGUGGAGUUUUUUGGUUUCAAAAACCCGUUGGUCCAGAGGUUGCUAAGGGAACUUGUGGGAAACACCUUUGGAGCAAGAGAAAAUCGCUUCUUAGUUCCUAGCUCCAGCAAUGGGGCCUCUAAAAUCCUGGAUGAUGACGAAAAUCCAGUCACGUAUGCAUAUCCCAGUUUCUUACCUUACUUGGACAAAUCAGUGCCUAGGAAGAAAAGAAGCAGAAGAUCUGAAAUAGCAUGCCAAAAGUCAUUAGGUGGAAAUAACCAUAAAAGGCCAAGACCCAGAGACUUGUUAUCUGAUGGCGAGAUUACAAAUUCAGUGCCUAUGCCAUCCUGUUCAAUCAAAGGAGAAACAGACAGAUUUGGACUUCGAGGAAUAGAAAUACCACCAGAAAGGUUGCAUUUGGAUUGUGCUCCUAUAGAAGAUCCAUGUAUAUCAAUAGAAACCCCCCCUCAUGUGAAAGUUGUAGUACCUCUUCAAGAAAUAGAUGAACUUCCUGACAGAUGUAAAUCAAAGCCAGUAUCGAACUUCUGUGAAGAGCUUCAUAGGUUGCAAGAUACUGACGAUGUAAUGGCUGUUUCCAAACUGGCCACAGAAGAUAGACCAGGUGAUGAGUCAGUUUUGAAAGAGAGUCAAAAUAUGACUGAUGUCAAUCUUUGUGCACCCGAUACCUUGGAUUUUCUUCAAGAUAUUGCCGUAAGUUCGGCCCCCAAUGUGGAAGAUCUUAAAAGUUUCCAGGUGAAGGAAGAAUUAACUACUGAGAACAUGAUUGUUAGUGAAGGACUUGUAGCUGAAUUAGGUUUGAAUUUGUCUUCGAAAAGUAGUGAUUCGGAAUCAGCUGAUCAGGACAUCGCUAAGUCAAUGAUCACUCUGCUACUUCCUCAAGCAGUUCCUCUUCUCGAGAAGGCCUCAAACAGAAAGCAGAAGAAAAAUAAUAUUUCCAGGUUAAGUCUUCCAGAGAGAAGAAAAGGGAGCCAAAGUGAUGAUGUUCCAGUACGUCUCAUACUUAACCCACAAGCUGUGCCUUUGUCCAUGAAAGUUUGCAAUGUAGAUGAUGAACACUCGCACAAUGUUUCUCCAGAUUCUGAUACUGAUUUUAGAGAUCCAGAUAUUAAAUCCAUCAUUCCCGACAGUUUUGAUGAGUCUCAGCUGGAUAUUGUCUGGAGUGAUCAUAUCAUGUCCUCUCCUCCCAAGGAGGCUUAUCCAGCAUGUCUUAAUCGACCACCCAGCUCCAAGGAACAGGUUUCAAAGCCGAAUGUGAAGGUGUCGGUUUCUGAUUUGGAGACUAAUAAAAGCAAAGAUUUUUCUUCAUAUCAUGAUCUUCAUACAGUUUCGGAUCCAAAUAUUCUGAAAGAGCAUAUGAACAAGUCCGUAUCAGUGCCACACCGUACAAUUUCAACUAAAAGGAGGUCAACCCAAGAAUCUCAGGAAGUCUGCCCUGAUGCAGGCGGAAAGUUGCUGCAAAAAGAACACUCUGAAAACAAGGACUCAAAGAACAAACUUGAUUCUGUUGAGGGUAAGGGUACUGUGGCUAAUGCAACCCCUUCUGAAGUUGACUCUAUCAAACAAGAAAAACAUAAGGUUUAUACCAGGAGAAGAUUCCCAACUUGUCAUCUGCAAAGAAAUGGAAACCUAUCCUCUGAAAGUGGUACUGGUAGUAUUAACAUUGAAAAUAACUUCGUAACCAAAUCGUCUCCUAAGAAAGUCCCUUUCUUGGAGCUUCAGCAAGUGAUGUCUGACAAUUGUGGACCCCAUAUAUCAGAUCUGCUGGAAGCUGGAAUCGGUCAUGAAGAACAACAAUCCCAAAGUUUUGUGUUAGCAAAAAUGGAUGACAAAUGCACCAACCUAACAAAUAAUACAGAAUCCCAGAGCAGGAGAUCAGUUCAUGAUAUAUCAACAUCUUCAUUUCCAUCUCCAAAGCCGGAGAACAUUCAAACAAUUGAAUUUCCAGCUGGUGUGGAUGUAAAGCUCCAUAAGGAUAUAAAGAUCAAUAACGAACUGGCAAAAACUGUAGAGCUGCUUGGUAGUUACUUUCUUCCGAUGCCUAUUUCAUCAAUAUUGCUCAAGUCUGUUGAGGGUGAAAUCUAUGUUUGCGUGGUGAGCUGUCUUACAACAGAUAGGUUUAGAACUCUCUUUGUGUACAAGAUAGCAGCUAAAGAACCAAUGAAAGGAUGCCCCUCUUUGAUUGGUCAUACUCCUGUUAUACUUCCUUUUGAGGAAGACAGAUCUGGUAGAAAUGAAGCACUGGAAAGAUCUUGUUUGCAUUUCACUCCAAAUGGGCAGGAUCUUAUUUUGUGCGGUGACAUCAGAACACCUUGUUGCAGGGAAGGGAGGACCGACUGUUUGUGUUUGACUUGUACCUCAGCUGGCUUCGAGGAGAAUGCAAUUAGGAUUGUCCAAGUGACACUUGGCCAUGUUUCUCUCGUGACAAAACUUCAAGCAGUUGAAAACGUGCAGUGUAUGGUGGUGUGUGAUCCCAGCUAUCUUGUUGCAGUAGGAAAGAGUGGAAAGCUCAUGGUGUGGGUCAUGGACUCCUCAUGGAGAGUUCCUGUCAAAGAGUUCAUCGUACCCAUUAAUCCGUGCAUAUCUUCUUGCAUUGUGGAGUUGAAGCAGAUCCCAAAAUGUCCGUAUCUUGUUGUCGGACAUAAUGGUGUUGGAGAAUUCACAAUAUGGGAUAUCUCGAAAAGGAUCCUAGUGUCAAGGUUUUCAUCUCCGAACAAUUCAAUCUUCGAGUUCAUUCCAAUCAGCUUGUUUGCUUGGCACCCUAUAUCCAGUCAUUCUACCAUGGAGGAUCACAUUGAGGGAAUUUUAGCUGCAACUAAACUAUGGUUCCCGAAACAUGUAGACGUCAAUGCAUUGGUUCCAACCGAAGGAAAAGAUGCUGCAGUCUGGAUUUUAGUUUCUACAGCUUCUGACAACGGAGAAAUUCCAGCAAGAUGUUGGAGAUUGGCUCUGCUGAUGAAAGAUGCAGUCAUAUAUGGCCAUCAACUCGAUCCUAGGGCCUCUGCGGCAGGGGCAAUGUCUGGACAUGGGAUACUUGGCACACAUGAUGGACUUAUCUACUUGUGGGACUUGUCCACUGGAUCUAAACUUGGCUCUCUCCACAAUUUUGAAGGUCAUAGAGUUUCAUGCAUAAGUACAGAUGAUUCUACUCCGGGAAAGCUCUGCAUAGCGAGUGACGAAGGUCAGCUUCUGGUUUACCACCAUCAGUAAGGAUUAAAACAUAGUUCUUUGAGCUUUUGCCCUCUUGUCCCAAAAUGUUUUGUGAAAUCUCGGACAAAGACACAGGAGAUUCCAAAACUGAACUGUGUACUUGUCCAAAAGUGAGAAUCUUGGUUGAAAAAAUGUAUGUUGUCAUUCUCCUGUAAUACAUCAAUAUGAAACAUAAUCUUCAAAAGAAAGUAUUAUCCCCCAAGAAAUGAACCUUUUUGUGAGAUCAUCAUCCUCAA